GCCUCUCUCUGCCCCGCUGCAAUAAAGGCAGAUAGCGGAGCAUGGGGGAGCACGGGGAAAACUUUUGAUACUGACAUGUUAGCGCAAUGACUUUUUGAGUAACAUCUAACUGGGACGAGGCUCCCGGCGUGAGGAGGACACAGGGCGCCUUUACGGGAAGAAAAGAGGAGCACUUGCCAUCGUUGCUGGGGAACGAAAAGGGGACGAAGAGUUGAGAGCAGUCUGAAGAAGAAGAAACAAGCGGUGGAAAAUCCAAGUUGAGCCAUUUGAAUUGAAAGAUGAGCUUGUUGUCUGCCAUAGACACGAGUGCCUCCGUGUACCAGCCUGCGCAGCUCCUCAACUGGGUCUAUCUCUCCUUACAAGACCCCCACCACCAGACCAGCGCCUUUGACGCCUUCAGACCCGAACCCAACUCUUCCCACCCGGAUCUCGGCUUCAGCAAGCAGACUCCCGCAGCGGCGGAGCUCAGCUCUUCUCUCAACUCCAACUAUCUCAACAACUUCUUUCAGCUGCAGCGGAAUGAGGCCUUAAACAACAACGUGUAUAAGAAUGUGUCGCCCUAUGGCUCCCUGAACAACAUCGUGGAUGGACUCAACUCGCUGACGGACCAUUUCUCAGACCUUUCCCUUUCCUCAGAGCCAAGGAAACCAAACAAAAGACCCCCACCUAACUACUUGUGCCACCUGUGCUUCAACAAGGGCCACUACAUCAAAGACUGCCCUCAGGCCAGACCCAAAGGUGAAGGGCUGACACCCUACCAGGGGAAGAAGAGAUGCUUCGGAGAGUACAAGUGCCCCAAGUGUAAGAGGAAGUGGAUGAGUGGCAACUCCUGGGCCAACAUGGGACAAGAAUGUAUCAAAUGCCACAUCAACGUCUACCCACACAAACAGCGACCUUUAGAGAAGCCGGACGGCCUGGAUGUUUCCGACCAGAGUAAGGAGCACCCGCAACACCUGUGCGAGAAAUGUAAAGUCCUGGGCUACUACUGCCGCCGUGUGCAAUAAUCAUCUUCAUUCAGAGUCAAGAGCAACUUUUGUGUCCCGAGUCCUAUCGCUCAUCUUCCAUUAAGGCUUCCUCCCUUCACAUCCAGGUUUCUCUCAUCCCUGCCCUGCACACAACGUGGCGUCCUUUCCUCCUCACGUCUUCCCCUCCGUCUCUCAGAAACCUCAACUAUAGACAGUAGCUCUAAUCCUUUCUGUACUUCUUCUCAACCACCCGUGGAACACCGAUUUCUAGUCAUUUUUCCAAUGACAGUAUUGAAGAUUACAUCCAGGAACGAGAGGAACAUGUUAACUUAGGAUCAAUCUCUCAAAGUGUUCUUCAUCAAUAGCAAAAUCUUGCCAAAAUCAGUGACUUUUUUGUAUCAGAAACCACAUAACCCCAUUGAUCCAACUCCAUGUUUAACAACUAAUCGUGUAUUGAUGAAUUAGCAUGUAUGUCAAUGGUGUCACUGACAGUAUUGGUCUCAAUAGAUUACCUCGCCUUGGGGUUUGUUGGCUUUGUGUUUACAGAGAUCUGCCUUCCAUUUCCCCGCCAAGUGAAGUGUGUGGUAAUGUGACGAACGUUUAACCCAGGGCCUCUCAUGAUGGUAUAAAUGUAUACGAGGCCUUUGAUGUCUUGCCGUAUUAGGGUCAACAGCACAUCUUAUUAACUGUGAAUUAACUGAGGGACAAUGUGCCAUACAUCCCUAGCUUACAUUUGGCCUAUUUAUUUUCUUGUUGUCUAGUGUGCAAUUUGAAUUUUAACUGGGACAUAGAGAAAUGUUUUUUUUUUUCUUUUUGUAUGUUUGUAUAUCACAUUAUUGUGUAACUGCUUCCACGUGUCUUUAGAAACUACUGUAGGUUCAGUCGCUCCUCGUUUAGAUCUAGUGCGUUGCGAACCGAUAAGGUUUCAUUCACCCUUCCCUAGAGUACUUUUGUUGCCACGCAAAUUCUCGAUAAUCUAUUAGAUAGGUAUACUGUAGAUAGGUAGGUUAAUGUGUUAAUUUCAAAUCACAAGGUCAACUGAGAAGGAGCUGUGGGAAAACAACACUAGUUUUAGAAACAAUAAUCUUACCGUCCACACCAUAGACUAUAUAAAGAUGGACGGUUUUGCCCCCUUUUUGUAGCAUCAAAUAAUAAAUUUAAAUCUAACUUAUCAGAAAAAUUAUCACUUGAACAUACAUCUAACUACCUGAAAUGACAGAAUCUUUGGGAAAAAUUCAUUUGACAUGUACUUUUUAGUUUGGCCUAUGUCCCAUCCGCUAACAUGGAGGAGGCAAGAUUUAUGACCUAUACCGCAGCCAGCCACGAGAUGUUUUGGCUUCACUUUUGGGGAGCUGUCAUGUCGUCCAUCUUUAUAUACAGUCUAUGGUCCACACAGUUUCUCGCUAGUGUUGAUUACAUUUUUCAAAGCACGUGAAAAAAAAUUAAAAGCUUGCCACAUUUAGAUUAGCAUUACAAAACUUGAUUUUAGGGGUUAAACUGUUCACAUGUAAAGCCUGAUUAGAUUUUUUUUUUUUUUACCACAAAUUAGUAAAAUAUUGAGGAGAGGUGGUGUGAAAGACAUUUAAGUACCAGUUGAUGCCUGGCAGCCUUAGUGGAGUCAAUGAAGCGAAAUGGAAACUUUUCCAAGAGCUUGCACCCUUAAAAACUAUGUCCAACAGCUGAUUGCAGUGCAAAGAGUGUCUAGAGGGAGGUGACGUUUUGGAGAACUGCAAUGAUUUUCAGGUCGGUUGAGAGAAACAUUAAGAUUGAAUUUAGGUUAGGCUGAUCUGUGAUGCAGUGGUGCUGAAGAUUCAAGGAUAUAUUGAAAGUGAUGAUGAAUUAAGUUUAUAUUAUUUUGUAUGAUUAUACAGUAUGUGCCUACUAUAUUAUAAACCAAUGUCUUUAAAGGAAGAGAAGUGCACAUCCUGUUUACAUAUAUCACCGUGCAGACCUAAAGCACUACAGAGGAAAUUAAUGUAGUUUUGACUUAUUGAAACCUGCCUUUCAAGGAACCUUGUUAUAGAAAUUGUGAACUAUUUUAUAUGUACUGUAUUUCUAGCCUUAUAAAAGCUGGUUGAGUAUAUUUUAUACUGUAACAUACUGUAUGUGCCUUAAAAAAGAUUGAAAUCAUUCUAAAGUAUCAGGACUAUAGGAGGCCAUUUGAAAUUGGGAAAAAGACAUGUGGAGAUAGGCUCAGCGAUGGGGCUGUAUAUGUGCAUGUGGUGAUGUAUAGUAAGUUUAAUGCAGGUUCAAGAUGUGACAAAGGACAAGAAAAAUGAUCCAGUUCCUCUAUUAGUUUGAACUGGCAUGGUGGGUGUUCGCUUCAACGCAGUUUGCCGAGUUGGAGGCACGGGCUGAAACAGCAUUUCCAGCUGGCAAUAACAAUCCCACUGUGGUCUGUUGUCAUGGAAUAUCCACAAUGAUGUUAUUUCUUAGUCGAUCCUCACAACAGAACGGAGUCGCGCAUGAAACUGUGGACCUCACUCUUUGUUUUUUUAAUCUAUUGUAGUUAUGUUUAUCCAAGGAACCGUGGGUUUUGUCAAAAAAUAUACAUGGUCGCUCGCCUUAGCGGGAGAGUUUGCAGUGGCUGAUUAUGGUACCUUACAGUUUUGGGAAAUUUAGCUAAAUUCCUUCUGAAAAAUUAAAGGGGCACUCCGAUGUUUUAGUAGUGCAGUUCCACAAAGUUGAGAGGUUUGCAAGAGACACUAAAGAAUAGUCGAAAUCAA